AAUAACCCACAUGGCUUUGCACUGCACCCUGCUUCAUGCUGUCUGCCACCACAGCACAGGAACAUCCAGGACACAUCCAAUCUGAACCAUGCAGUCUGCCGAAGUCAAAUUCAACAAGAACAGCCUACUCUUGGCUCUGAGAAGAUACAGCUCAGCCGUCAGCGACAUGGAGCAGACCAUCCUGCUGCCGAGUCUGCUCCGAGACGUGCCCUCCGACCAGGUGUGGGAAGAGGCGGAGGAGUCAUGCGGUGAUCUGUACAGAAACUACCUGAUGCUCAAAACCAUCAGAAACGCAGUGGAGAGCGGCCUGUUUCACCUGGGGGAGCCAGAGAACAGCACCCUGGAGCCUCUAUUGGAAGCAGAUCCCGAAGCCCUGUUCCGCUUCCACCUGAGCGGGCUGUUUUCUGUGAUGAGCGACCUCACCAAGAAGUCUCAGAGCCUAACUGAGAAGUACAUGGACAUCAUUGGAGUGGCGAAUUAGAAAACAAGUGUCAGAUACGUGGACAUUAAACAAAAGAUCAGGUGUUUGUAGAAGUGUUGUCUAUGGAGCAGUCACUCACACAUCUCUGAACUGUUUAUAUUCAGUGACCCCAUGUUUAUAACUUGUGUAAUACUUGUGCAUGCAUCGCCCAAACUCAAAAUUGAUGUCUCCUCAUUUGCAAAACUCAAUUGAAACUAUGAUUUGAAGAUAUGUCAAAACAUUCUGACUGAUUAAAUGAUCAUGAAUA